UGUGUUGUGGGCAGCACUGUUAACUGUCAAAACCUCGGCUCGGCUUCUCAUACGUGUCGUUUUCGUGUGUCGCUCUCGACGUGUGCAUUUUGUUUUUCCAAACCCAAAAGCAAAACUUACAGUCUUAAAAAGAUGGCCCCACCACAAAGGAUGCGUGUCGCCAAUGAAAAGGCUAGCAAAUACGUGACUAUGCGAGGCAACGUACCAAAAUCUUCGAAAUCCAAAGAUAACCAAUACCCUGUUGGACCUUGGCUUUUGGCGUUGUUCAUUUUCGUGGUUUGCGGUUCUGCUAUUUUCCAAAUAAUACAGUCGAUCCGAGCAGCGUAAAAGUCAUACCCAGCUAAAUUAAGUUCUUUAAUUUUAUAUAUACAAUUAAUAAUCUUCCGAAAUCCAAUCAUUUAUUAUUGCCAAAGUUAAAAAAAUAGCCAAUUGCAAAAAAUAUUUUAUAUUUCACUCGCUUAAAGUCAGAAAUGUUUCUGGUUUAUGAAGGAACUCCUUAUUAUUGAAAGAUCGAAUUCAUUGUUUAAUAUAAGCAUGACAAUAUGUUAUCAAUCAUUUAGCGUUGGAAUUUAUUUUCGAAAGCAUUCCUCUUUGGUGAUAUUUGUGAUUGGUUUAUUUUUUUUUCUUGUUUGAGCAACAAAUACUGUACAACUAAAUGUCUAUCUGUAGCCUGCUCGAGAUUUAAGAUGUAACUUUAUUGAUUUACGUAAUUUUGUAUAAAAAAUUAUAAAUAUAUUAAUUUUUUACUUGUAAAAGUUAAAAAA